GUGCGCUGUGUCCUCAGACACAGUGAAUCACCGAUCAACGGAAAGAGCCGAAGAUGUCGGCUCGGUCAUGUGAUCAGCUGUGUCCAAUCACAGCUGAUCACAUCAGUGCCACCUGUCAGUGUCCAUCAGUGCCAUCUGCCAGUGCUCAUCAAUGCCAUCUGCCAGUGCCACAUCAAUGCCACAUAUCAGUGCCUACCAGUGCACAUCAAUGUCACAUAUCAGUGCCCAUCUGAGCUGCCUUUCACUGUUACCUAUCAGUGCCACCUAUCAAUGCCAGUCAGUGCUACCUAUCAGUGCUGCCAAUCAGUGCCAGUCAGUGCUGCCUAUCAGUGCCGCCUAACAGUGCCAGUCUGUGCUGCCUAUCGGUGCCAUAUGAGUGUUGCCUUUCAGUGCCCAUCAGUGAUGUCUGUCAAUGCCCAUCAGUGCCACCUACCAGUGCCUCCUCAUCAG